CGUGCGUUAUAGGAUCGCUCUAUUCGGGCACGAUGCCUCUGCGUAAUAGGAGGGCAUCAUUUUACGCAUUCAGAGAGAGCCUGACAUUCAUUGAACAAGAUCAAAUAGGCGACUCUGACAACAACGCGUCCCAACAACCAAACGUCCAAAACAUAUGUGGUCAUAGGAUCAAAUUUAGCCAUUGAAACAGCACUGUGUGUUUAUGUAGAAUUUGGUCAGGAAUCAAUCAAUCUGCCGGUUUCGCCUCCUCCCUCUAGUUGUGAUGUCUCGUGUCGUGUUGUGACAGCGCCGGUAUUGUUUAUUGAGGUAGAUGUCAGGUAUAAUUAGCAAUCGAUAUGGAAAACGUUUUGUGUCGUGUGCGUGACGUCACCGACGACCGACGUUCCCCAUUGGUCGCGAAUUCCCCAGCGCGAGAGCUGGUUAUUUGGACAAGGGGAGAGUUGAUGUUUACAAAGUAGGAGAGAGCAAAAAACCUAUACGCCUCACUCGGUCUCUUUACUUCUCGUUCGGGAGCGCAAAGCAUGUGCACUCUCACCGCUCCACGGCUGCCGCGUGCGCUCUGAGUUGGAGCUUGUUUGCCAGACGCGCUUCCUUGAUCCGGAGAUACAAUGAUGGACAGCCGGAUCCUCGAGCAUCCUCAUGCCCAGUUUGGAGGCUCUUUGGGAGGCAUGGUUGGAAUGGGUUUCCCGUACCAUCUCGGCCAUCACCAUGUUUACGAUCUCUCCGGACACCAGCUACAGGCGGCCGCUGUGCCCUUUUCCAUAGACGGAUUACUUAACGGAUCGUGCUCGGCGUCUGUUGCAAACUCAAACCCGUUGCUCGGAUCUGGUUGUCGCGUAAACGGGGAUAGUCAAUAUAAACUCAGCGACUCUGUGGUCCUAGAUGCCGGAGACCCCGACAAGGAAAGCCCUGGUUGUAAAAGAAGGCGAACGCGUACAAAUUUUACGGGCUGGCAGCUGGAGGAACUAGAGAAAGCGUUCAACGAAAGCCAUUAUCCGGACGUGUUCAUGCGCGAGGCUCUCGCGCUACGUCUAGACCUUGUUGAGUCACGUGUUCAGGUGUGGUUCCAAAAUCGACGAGCAAAAUGGCGCAAAAAGGAGAACACCAAAAAAGGCCCCGGUCGACCAGCGCACAACUCUCAACCGACCACAUGCAGCGGCGAACCUAUGGACCCAGAGGAAAUUGCGCGACGGGAGCUGGAGCGCUUGGAAAAGAAGAGGCGCAAACAGGAACGCAAACUGCUCAAGUCCCAGAACAAGCUUUUAGCGGGCGAGCUCUUCCAUACGCCCGGAUCUGACAGCGAUAGCGGAGUAUCGCAGAGCACAGACAGCGAGUCAACUCAGUUCAGCGGAACCCAGGCCAGCGCGCACCGACAGCCAACAGAACAUACCUGUGACCAAAUACGGCACCAAAGAUCCCCCGGUACAGAGUCAGCUGAGCCCAUAGACUCCACACGGAACUCUGCCCUGUGUCGUUCCAGUGGCAUCACACGGGCCCCCACGCUUCAGAAACUCAGCCCAUUUAGUGUGGAGAGUUUGCUAGCCGACUCGAGUCCCCGGAGGAAAACUCUUCUGGAUUUUUCUCAGUUACCGCCUCAGCGAUCGCUGGUCGGUAAAGGCCAUUUCCUUCUGUAUCCCAUUACUCAACCGUUGGGUUUCAUCGUACCACAGACAGCGAUGAAAACGAGUCAGGAUUCAGGAAACAACUGUUCCACCAUGAACACCUCAAACCCAGACCUGCACGGGUCUGGACACAUUACAAAAAACAGCAAUCACCUGCGUAAUGACGCAAGUGGGGAUGGGCCCAUAGACGGUGAGUUGCAAAGAGAAAGUCAGAACUCUCCAACGCAAACGAAUUGUUUAGCUGAGUCGAAUUCACCCCAAAAGGAGUUUGCAAACGAAUCCGAAUCCACUGUCACAAACUGUACCCAUAAAGAAAGCACCUCGCCCGACCUGUCCGAAAGUUCGGACGCCAAAACGUGCAGUUCUGCGGACACAAAAACCGACGGAGAGGACGUUGACAUGGACUGACAUUUAACCAGUGGAGCCAAGUUGACCUGUCACAAACCCAAAGCUGAUCACGACACGUUUUUGUAUACAAAACUGUUUGAAUUCGUUUUUAUACUUUUCAGAAAUGGAUAUUCUUUUUUCAGGUCGACUUUUUGAUUUUGGCUUUAAUGUCUGUUUCCAAUUCAGCAACACGGCUUACUUGAUGGAACAAGUUGGCCCAUGAGCAGGAUACAAAAACAACACAAAUCCUCAAACGCUGUAUAAAUGAUAAAGUAUCGAAGAUAUUUAUAUAUGUAACAUUUUGAUAAGUAAUAAUAAUAAAAAAAUAUUGUGAAAGAAAGAUCUUUU